AUGAUUAGGUUUUCGUUAUACAACCCGGUUACCGGCAACUUUAGCAACAUACCGGAUUUGACACCGGGUUAUGCUUAUUACAGUUGGGAUUCUAUUAUCGGGUUUGGGUAUGAUUCCAAAAGUGAUGAUUAUAAGAUAUUUUGCUCAGUUCCGCAAAAGGAACGUGAUAUUGAUGAUUAUAAUAAACCCAUUAAAUCUUGGGUUUAUAGCUCGAAAAACAAUUCAUGGAGAAUCAUUCAACCUCCUCCGCCUCAUCAUCGAUGUGGGUUUAAGCCAAAGAUGGUUCUCUAUAAUAAUGCUUUACACUGGUUAGUUGGUAAUAAUAUAAUAUUUAGUUUUGACCUCGCAACUGAAGAGUAUGAUCAAAUAUCACAACCUAAUUACGAUUCCAAUGAUAAGGUUUUUCAUUCACGUGAAUUGGCCAAUUUAAGGGGAUAUUUGCAUUUGGUAGAAUAUAAUAUUACUUAUGAGAAUGACCCACCCGAAAUACAUGAGUAUGUCAUGCGAAUAUGGGCGAUGGGUUCAAAUCAAUCAUGGGUCAAAUUGAUACAUUGUCUCUCACUCAAACAAGUCGUAGAAAGAGAAAUGAAACGGCAUCGUACUCUUGGGAAAAAGGUGCUUACAUAUCAUUAUCCAUUUAUGUAUAGUCCGCCGUUGCCUUAUGCUUAUUCGGAGAAUGAAGAUGAGAUACUCAUGGUUUUAGGUGGUAGAACUUUUGUUAAUUGUGAUGUUCGUAGUGGUGAGUUAAAAAGGGUCGAAUCAUGUAGUUUACCUGACGGUUGGAAGGAUCCAGGGUAUUUAUAUGAUGUGAUUCCAUGGAUUGGUUCCUUUGUUCUGCCCUCAACAUCAAGGCUCUGUUUAUAG